AUGAAGCUCACAAAAAAGUCUAUAAACGACGAUACCAACAUGGCGGAAGAAGUGGACGCAGAGCACGAAAAAUGGCAAAAACUGAAUUUAGGCUCAAAAGUUAAAUAUGUAAUUAGCAACAUUACGGUGGAACCACUACUCGCGUUUUUCAUCGUAUCAAGUGUGCUCGGCAACCUCACCACACAAAACCUAAACUUGCAGAAAUCAUGUAGGGUUAAUUUAAACAUGAGCGACGCCAUUUGCACUGCGUUGGAACAACGGAAUAAGACCAAUUACAGUAUUGACCAGGAGGCAAAAGUCCAAGAGCUGGUCACCGACAUGACAAUGUGGCAGUCGGUUAUACAGCACACCAUACCGUGUAUAUUUGUGAUUUUCGUCGGAUCCUGGAGUGACAGGACCCGCAAGAGGAAACCGGUCCUGUUGUUGCCAAUUUUUGGAGAGCUCGUGCGGGUCUUGGGCUUGUUGGUUUGUGUAUUCUAUUUUUACGAACUACCAAUGGAAAUUGCAGGUCUGGUCGAAUCCGUGCCCGGGUCACUAACGGGUGGUUGGAUGAUCAUGUUCAUGGGUGUGUUCACGUACAUUUCAGAUGUAACCACGGUGAAAAUGAGAACUCUUAGAAUAGGUGUACUGAACCUAUCAUUAACCAUAGGGAUAUCUUUCGGUAUAGCCUUGUCUGGUAUUCUGUACCAAAAGCUCGGUUUUUAUGGAAUAUAUUCAAUAUGUUCCACUUUAUACUUCAUGGGUAUACUUUAUGGAUUUUUUUGUCUUAAAGAUAUAAAAAAUAAUGAUACACCGGCCGUUUGUGAAGACUCUAAAUUCGUUAAAAAUUCGUCGUUCUCAACAAACGUUAAGGAAUUUUUUGAUUUAAUACACAUUAAAAAUGCGUUUAGAGUAACUUUCAAAAGAGGUAAUGAUAACAGAAGGCUCCGGAUUUUGAUGAUGAUGGUAGUUCUAAUGAUAAUAAUGGGUCCUAUGACAGGUGAAAUGUCAGUUAUGUACUUGUCGACCAGGAUUCGAUUUAACUGGGACGAAGUUGAUUACAGUAUGUUUUCUACAUUUACCAUGGUCACUGGUUUUAUUGGAACAUCAAUUUCGUUAUGGAUUUUCAAUCACAAAUUGAAAAUGGAUGACGCAUUGAUCGCUGCAAUGGCAUGUGUCAGUAAAGUCAUUGGUAGUUUUGUUUUCGCGUUUGCACCCAAUACAUACAUAUUUUAUUUGGGCCCAGUUGUGGAAAUUAUUCAUGGCGCUGGUUCCAUUGCAACUAGAUCUAUAUUCACUAAACUUGUCACUCCAGAAGAACUUGGUCAAGUAAGUGCUGUAGUAGGAGUUUUUGAGGCUUUUGUUCCAAUGAUAUAUGUACCGAUGUACAGUGCAUUUUAUAAAGCAACAAUGAAAACUUUCCCAGGAGCUUACUUCCUCCUCGGUGGUGGAUUAACUAUACCAGCAGUUUUUAUAUUUUUGUGGAUGCAUAAAGGAAAUAAAGAACGAGAGGCACGUGAAAUAGAAAAUAAUAAAUCUGAAAUAGUACAGAAAAAUUCUGAAUUAACGAAUGAUACAAUCAAAAUUCCUAAAUUAUACGAAACAUCAGAAAAAAAUAAUUAUGAAAACUCAGGAUUUAAAUCAGACUAA